AUGUACCACCAGGUUCACAGUCUGGACGCUCCAGGUCAAAAGUUUAGGACCAAGGGAGGUGAUGUCCAGUUUGUGAACCGGUGCCGCCUGUACAUAGAUGAUGGCGAGGAGCGCAAAAACAUUGCCAUGGGUAGAUCAUUGAACUCAGAAGUCAUUGAUGAAAUUAAUACAUAUCUUCUUUCCUGUAAUCCUUUCAUCAAUGAUUUCCGUAGAUUGAGUGAUGAGCCUUCAGUCAACGCUUAUUUGGAAUUUGAAGUGACCAGCAGAUCUACCCAUGGCCCUGUUCUUGGAGAUAGGCAAACAGGCAUUGAAGUGCACGCUGUAUUGAGCAAUGAAGACACCAUAACUGAUCCAAGAAAAUUGACCAUCUGGAAGAAGAGUGAUAGGCGUCCGUCUUCCGUUGACCUCUUUAGCCCCUUAAUGGAGCCUUUCCAAUAUCCGUUGCUCUAUCCUCAAGGUAAUUUAGGGUGGCAUAUUGGGCGCUUAGACAACCACGGGGGGAAACUUUCACAAUACAAUUACUCUAGAUGUCUCCUCCUCUCCGAUCCCCGUUUCUCGCAUUUCGGCAGGCUGUCUCAAGCAUGGCAGGUCGAGAUGUUCGCGAGGUACGAGGAGGAGCGUCUAAGAUUUAUUCGUUUCUCCCAAAACGCGUUCUGCUGCUCAAAAUUCCUUGAGGAUAGGACCACUGGACGAGCUCCUUGA